UGUAUGUGUGUAUAUAUAAUCACUUGUGCUUGCUCAUUCACCUCAAAAUUUCAAAGCAAAGCUACAAGAGAAAAUUAGAGAAGAGAGAGAAAGAUUUGAAUUUCCCAUUUUUGUUGAAUUCAUCUCAAAAUGGAUGUGUCCGAGCAAUUGCGUUACAUCCCUUGCAACUUCUGCAACAUCGUUCUUGCGGUGAGUGUUCCAUGCAGCAGCUUGCUUGAUGUGGUGACCGUUCGGUGCGGACACUGCAGCAGCCUGUGGACUGUCAACAUGGCUGCGGCGGCGUUCCCACCGAUGCAGCCGCCCUCUUCCUGCCACCAUUUUCAGGCAUCUAACACCACAACUACUCCAGCUGAGUACAAGGUUGAUCUAGGCUCAUCUUCUAAGUGGAACUACAAAAUCCAGCCUUCAAUUUCGAAGAAGCCUGAGCCCAGAAUCGUGAAUCGACCUCCGGAGAAGAGGCAGCGAGUUCCAUCAGCUUAUAACCAAUUCAUCAAAGAGGAGAUUCAAAGGAUCAAGGCCAAUAAUCCAGACAUUAGUCACAGGGAAGCUUUCAGUACUGCUGCAAAAAAUUGGGCACACUUUCCUCAUAUUCAUUUUGGGCUGAUGUUGGAGACAAAUAGCCAACCUAAACUCAAUGAGUUUUAAUUACAGGGGUCGGAAAAGCAUCAAUUCAGAAGGACAGCUAUACGAAACAAGUGAAAUUGAUGUACAUCAGAUCUAUGGGAAUCCCUAAUAUAUGGAGAUAUUUCAAGUUAAAGUUUAUUUCAUUUAAAAAGUGAUAUUAUAUCACGUAUGUUUUUUAAUGUUUUUGCGUGAAAUGUAACUCUGGUAAUUCCGUAUAGACCAUAUGUAAUACUCCAUGAUAUUACUCCAUGUGUUUAUUUUUGUCAA